CAAGUGCCUGCCUCAAUUGAACUUUCGGCUAAUACACGCUCCACUUGCACGCGAUGCCACCCUCUGUUGAAAGUCGAAACCCCAUGAGGAACAAAGUGUAUAAGGCAUCAUCAUGAGCUGAGCAUUCCUUUGAAAAGUACUCACAACGUCCUUUUUUUUCCCACCGACUUUCCUCUCAUCUAGGGCCAAUUUUUAGAAUAUUCCUUCUUCAAUGCCAUUUCCAUACAGAUAUAUAUGCAACCUACUUCAACAGCUGGACGAUGCAAUCCAUUCCACCAGACAACAGAAGGCAUCCAGCGAUGCAUUGAUAAAAAACUGGUUUCGCGACCAUCGCAUACCGCUCGACGCACCAAAUGUUAAUGCCACGGCAGUUCUUCACACGUUCUUGCCUGAACGGAGGACUGAUCGCGUGUAUGGCAUCCAAGCUGCGAGACUCCAAAGUAUUAUUGGGUCUGCGUUGGUUCUGGGACAUUCACGUGUGAAGGAGCUGCGCCGAUGGCUGACCCCGGGGCUUGGCAUCGACCUCGGGGAUUGUGUUGAGAGCAUCCUCAAAAGCACCCCCAAUCCCAAACGCACUGGUGAUGAAGUCACUGUUGAAGAAAUUGACAAAAUCUUGGGGAGCAUUGCCGCGGCUUGCAGGUUCAGCUCUCCUAAGGUCAGGGCUACAAACCAAGCUGUGAGUUCAAAGCACGCGGAUCAUGGCUUAGGUUCGAUAUACUGCCGUCUCACUGCCCGUGAUGCGAAAUGGUUCACUCGUUUGAUCCUGAAGAACUACCAACCCAUCGUCUUGGUAGAGAGGGUCGUUCUCCGCAAUUAUCACGUCCUUUUGCCUCAGAUGAUGAAAGUUCGGGACGAUCUUGAGGUAGCCAUCGCUCUCCUGCGUCGUGGUAGUCAGGUGUCAGAUGAAACUAAUGCUUUAGCCGGCAUGCUGAAGCCUGUUCUUGGGACCAAAGUCGGAAGACAGCCUUGGUUCAAGAGCAGGAGCAUCAAACACUGUUUUGAUAUGGUAGGGCAACGAAAUGUAAGCUGUGAGCAGAAAAUUGAUGGCGAAUACUGUCAAAUUCACAUCGAUCUCCGGAAACACGCCAAUCCAGUCCAAAUCUUCUCGAAAAGUGGAAAGGACAGCACGCAGGAUCGCCAGGGGUUGCAUAGUGCUAUCCGAGAAUCUUUGCAGCUUGGGGAAAGGGACUGCCCUUUCAAGUUUGGCUGUAUACUUGAGGGCGAGUUGGUGGUGUAUAGUGAUGAAGAACGGAAGAUCCUCCCUUUUCACAAGAUCCGGAAACACGUUUCUAGAUCUGGCGCUUUUCUGGGAACUAUGGAAGAUUCUCAGGCCCAUGACCAUGAACACUUGAUGAUUAUAUACUACGAUGUACUAAUGAUUGACAAUGAAUCUCUUUUGGGUGUCCGACAAUCCGAACGGUUCCGCCGUUUAGAGCGACUUGUUACCUCUAGGACAGGCCACGCAGAACUCGUCCGCCGGCGAAUGAUAUCAUUUUCCCGUCCAAAUGCUGCAUCGUUGUUGCGAGAUGAUUUUGCGGAGUGUAUUGUCUCUCGAGGCGAAGGUCUGGUCCUGAAACCGGACGAACCGUAUUUCAACUUCAGCAUUCAACGGCGGCUAUACUCCUCCUGUAGUAUCAAACUGAAAAAGGAGUACAUCCUAGGUUGGGGCGACGUUGGGGAUUUUGCAGUGAUUGGCGCCUUUUACGAUGCUGCAAAAGCGAGGGUGUGUAAAAUUCCGAACCUCCGCUGGACUCACUUUUUCAUAGGGUGUCUUCAAAACAGAGAAAGCGCGCGGGCCAGAGCCGAGAAACCACGUUUCAUGGUGACCAAUAUUGUCGAGCUAUCGGAAACGCUUCUGUCGACGGUACGCUUUCAUUGCAACCCUGUUUGCGUGCCUUUUGACCAGAAUGAGUCUCUUGAACUUGACUUCAGAGGGAUCGGCAACACCAAACAGCCAACUGAGGUCUUUUUGGAACCCCUCGUGUUUGAUAUGAGGUGUUUUUCGUUCGAUAAAGGACCGAACUCGAGAUGGUGGAGUAUGAGGUUUCCGAUAGUCAACAGGAUCCAUUUUGACCGAACCUAUCUUGAUACAAUGAGCUUUGGUGAGCUUCAGGAAGCGGCCCGGGUAGCGAUGGAGGCUCCAGAAUUGGAGGACAGCCAGGAGAUACGUCAAUGGGUAUCGCGACUAGAAAAGGCCGACCCUCGAGGGAUAGCCGUAGACGCCGUCAGCCAGGAAACGGUUUCAACUAAAAUGACUCCAUCACCGGAAAGACGUCGGGACAAUGGAGACCAGCGUCUCCCCAGCCUUGGGGUAAUUCAUAGAGACCUUACAAGAAUGUCUGCCGUUGGGGAUGCUCAGCAGCAUGCGGCGAUGACACCACCAUGGCCCUCCACAGUCGAGGCCUCAAGAAUACGCACCGAGAACAAUUCAUCUACAGUGGAAGGAGGACCAGCAAGUCCGAAGCGAUCUAGAGAAGUAUCGGAAGACACCGCAAGUGCGAAGAAGCAGCGGGGGCUUUCGAGAUCUGCGUCGUCAGCUACUGCUUCAACGAAGUCAUCUUUUGGUAGUUCUUCCCAGAAUCGGAAACGGCGACCGCUGGGGGCAAUCGAUGCAAACAUUUCCUCUAUGGAGCCAAGGUCUUGGGCCCAAACAUCUGAGCCAUCUAGAUUAUUAGAAUUAUGCCCACCUGUCCAGGAAAGUGCGCCACCACCUCCCGCCGAAGUAGUCAUUCCAUCUUCAGUAGCUGGUUCUUUCCACGCAGCCGCUGAACUACCCUCAUCUCCUCCGUGCGUUAGUCCAAUUCGCGAGCAUGUGGAACCACGUGAUGGGACAACCACUCGCAACUCUACAGAAGCGCAGCAAACCACGGCUUGCGUUCAUCUUGGACCCAAGUGUGCGCUCGCAAACUCGGCAUUUUUACUGGCUCCAUGCAUCAAGAAUUACCCAUGGAUUACGGAAAACUUGCUACGUGGGCAUGGCAUUGUCGAACUUGCUACUGAACCUGAGAGCUGGGCUGCUAUGCUGCGAGCGAGGCGGUCGCCAAGAAAAAGUUGCCCAUCUUCUUCAGAUGGCGAACAGUCUCCCAGGAGUAUCAAGACUCUGCGGACCCGGAAGAUAUGCCUGGUGGAGACAAGACAACCGUCGGCCAUCCAGGCCUUCCUGGAGAGGAUCGAGAAUGCCGGGCUGAAACGGCGAAACGGUCAGCGCGAUUGGGUGGCGGUAUACGAUUGGCGAAUACUAGAGGACAUUGCUGCACUUGAAGCUGGGAUGCCUCUAAAGGAUUCGGAUCCGUGGCGGAGCCGGUAUUUCGGGAUUGCUUGA